GCCGCCAGAGCUGGGUUGCAGUCUUUCCGGAGCCGGAGACCCUCCCUGAAUUUCGGCACUGGGAAUUCUCGCUCUCUGGAGGCACCUGUUGCAGGUGACAGCGCUUGGCCAUCGAGCGGGGUCGCUAACUCGCACUCUCUUCGGACUUCCGACAUCGCUGCGUCGGCUUCUCCGGCAUCGGCGACGGCCAGUCAGCCACAGGCAACUCUGGUAGCUCUCCUUUUCUAGUUGCCUUGAAGAAAGAAGAGUAGAAGAAAAAGUUGAACAAAUCAUGUCGGAGUUACUGGACCUUUCUUUUCUGUCUGAGGAGGAAAAGAAUGUGAUUCUCAAUGUUCUACAGCGAGAUGAGGAGGUCCAAAAAGCAGAUGAGAAAAGGAUUAGGCGACUAAAGAAUGAGUUACUGGAGAUGAAAAGGAAAGGGGCCAAGAGGGGCAGCCAACACUACAGUGAUCGGACCUGUGCCCGGUGCCAGGAGAGCCUGGGCCGUUUGAGUCCCAAAACCAAUACUUGUCGGGGUUGUAAUCACCUGGUGUGUCAGGACUGCCGCAUACAAGAAAGCAAUGGUACCUGGAGGUGCAAGGUGUGCACCAAGGAAAUAGAGUUGAAGAAAGCAACUGGGGAGUGGUUUUAUGACCAGACAGUGAAUCGCUUUGGUUCUCGCACAGGUAGUGAGAUAAUCAGGAUGUCCCUGCGCUACAAACCCGCAGUGAGUAAAAGAGAGACAGUGCAACAAUCCCACCAUCAGGUACAGAUUGGUGACAUCUGGCCGGGAAGAAAGAUCAUUCAGGAGCAGCAGAGGGACCCCAGUGUGCUAUUUGAAGUGCCAAAGCUGAAAAGUGGAAAGAGUGCAUUGGAAACUGAGAGUGAGAGUCUGGAUAGCUUCACAGCUGACUCGGAUAGCACCUCCAGGAGAGACUCUCUGGAUAAAUCUGGCCUCUUUCCAGAAUGGAAGAAGAUGUCUGUUCCCAAAUCUCAAGUAGAAAAGGAAACCCAGCCUGGAGGUCAAAAUGUGGUAUUUGUGGAUGAGGGUGACAUGCUGUUUAAGAAGAACACCAGGAAAAUCCUCAGGCCUUCAGAGUACACUAAGUCUGUGAUAGAUCUUCGCCCAGAAAGUGGCCCCUUGGGAGACAGAAGCAAAUCUGUCCCAGGCCUCAAUGUGGAUAUGGAAGAGGAAGACGAAGAAGAAGAAGAAGACAUUGACUACUUAGUGAAGUUACAUCGCCAGAAGUUAGCCAGAAGCAGCAUGCAAAGUGGCUCCUCCAUGAGUACAAUCGGCAGCAUGAUGAGCAUCUACAGUGAAGCUGGUGACUUCGGGAACGUCUCUGUGACUGGCAGGAUUGUCUUUUCCCUGAAGUAUGAGCAGCAAACACAGAGCCUGGUCGUCCAUGUGAAGGAGUGCCAGCAGCUGGCCUAUGCUGAUGAAGCCAAGAAGCGCUCUAACCCAUAUGUGAAGACUUACCUUCUGCCUGACAAGUCCCGCCAAGGAAAAAGAAAAACCAGCAUCAAGCGGGAUACCAUUAAUCCACUAUAUGAUGAGACCCUUAGGUAUGAGAUCCCAGAAUCUCUCCUGGCCCGGAGGACCCUGCAGUUCUCAGUUUGGCAUCACGGCCGUUUUGGCAGAAACACUUUCCUUGGAGAGGCAGAGAUCCAGAUGGAUUCCUGGAAGCUUGAUAAGAAACUGGAUCAUUGCCUCCCUUUACAUGGAAAGAUCAGUGCUGAGUCCCAGACUGGCUUGCCAUCACACAAAGGCGAGUUGGUGGUUUCACUGAAAUACAUCCCAGCCUCCAAACCCCCUGUUGGAGGUGACCGGAAAAAGAGUAAAGGUGGGGAAGGGGGAGAGCUCCAGGUGUGGAUCAAAGAAGCCAAGAACUUGACGGCUGCCAAAGCAGGAGAGACUUCAGACAGCUUUGUCAAGGGAUACCUCCUUCCCAUGAGGAACAAGGCCAGUAAACGUAAAACUCCUGUGACGAAGAAGACCCUGAAUCCUCACUACAACCAUACAUUUGUCUACAAUGGUGUGAGGCUGGAAGAUCUACAACACAUGUGCCUGGAACUGACUGUAUGGGACCGGGAGCCCCUGGCCAGCAAUGACUUCCUGGGAGGGGUCAGGCUGGGUGUUGGCACUGGGAUCAGUAAUGGGGAAGUGGUGGACUGGAUGGACUCGACUGGGGAAGAAGUGAGCCUGUGGCAGAAGAUGCGACAGUACCCAGGGUCUUGGGCAGAAGGGACUCUGCAGCUCCGUUCCUCGAUGGCCAAGCAAAAGCUGGGUUUAUGAGUCCCUGUCCUCUUCUGCAGGUCCAGCCCUGGGAAGGGCAAGUCAGAGGAAGUGAAGAAACCAAGAGCAAAGAUUUAUAAUUUAAUUGUGUGUGUGUGUGUGUGUGUGUGUUUGUGUGUGUGUGUACAAACAUGUAUUUUCUGCAAAUCUCAUUAUGCUGGCUAGAGUGUUGCAGACUUCUCCUUUUUAAAGCAGUCUCAAGAAUAAGCAUCUCUU